CCGGGAGGUCGGUGGGAUUCACCUCCGGCAGCCUCCGGCGGGGCCAUGGCUGCUCUCCUGCGCACUGUGGCACGGUGGCCAGGGCCAGCUGCGAGGGCCAGGCCUCUCUGUGGACUGUGGUGCUGCAAUGCAUGGGACCCUAGGAGGCUGCUGGGGAGCGGGUCACCCACCUCAAGGGAGAACGCCCCCAGCCCUGAAGCGGAGAAGUUCCAGGUGGUCUACCGGUUCGAUGCCAUCAGAGCCUUUGGGGUCUUGUCCCAGCUGAAGGUGGCGCAGACGGCCCUGACAGUGGUGGCCCUGCCUCCUGGCUGCUACUGGUACUCCCAGGGCCUCAUGACUCUCGACAGCCUGUGCCUUGCGGGCGGAGUAGCCGGCUUCGCCCUGACCAUGCUGUGCUGGAUGAGCUAUUUCUUCCGGAGGUUGGUGGGCAUCCUGUACGUCAACGAGGCAGGCACUGUGCUGCGCGUGGCCCACCUGACCUUCUGGGGCUGGCGGCAGGACACAUACUGCCCAGUGGCCGACGUGAUCCCCUUCACGGAGAGCCAGGACCAGCCCCAGGAGCUGUUCAUGCGGAUCCGGCAGUACAGUGGGAAGCAGACCUUCUACCUCACGCUUCGCUAUGGGCGCAUCCUGGACAGAGAGCGUUUCACCGAGGUGUUUGGGUUGCUGGACGCUCGCAAGGGACCCGCUGGGCGACAGGCUGCCCGGUAGCCCUCGGGCGCCGGCCCUCUGAUGGGAGGGAGGCGGGAGGACAGGGCUGGGCAGACUUGGCCAGGGCUCCUGGACCUGUCUGUCAGGAUGAGAAGAUUUGCGGGGCAGAUACCAGCAACUGGGCUUUGAAGGAGUCCUUCGUGCACAUUCUGUCUGCACUGUGUGCUGUUUGGCGGGGGGGUGACCACAAGUUUGUGUUCAGGGCUUGCAGGAAGCUGUGCCAGGCUCGCUCACAGUACAGUGCUGUGAGGCCCGGAGGCAGGAUGGCAGGGGCGCAUACAGCUGGCAGUUAGACGGCUCAGCUCCUUCACACCUCCCUGGCUGGGGCAGACUAGUGAGUCCCUCCACCUGGGUCUUCACAGGAAAUGACAGAUCCGCCACCUGGGAUGGGUGUGAAAAUAAUCGUUGGCAAGGGCUUUGGCUGCUCCACAGCCAGGGGCCAAUGUCAAGCUGUAGUUCGGGGUGACGGUGUGGGAACAUCCUCCAGGCUGGCAGAGGGGUGUUCUGAGCCCCAGGUGAUCCCAUCCCUCCCCCGUAGUGGAAGCACAGAGGAGGGACUGGGGUCCCCGGCCAGGGUGGGGACGGUGCCACAGCACUACUGGUGAUGCAUGUUUGUCGCGCAGUGCAUCAGGGAGUGAGGGGAAGGCACGUGGUCUUCCUGAUUCUGCCCCUCAGAAGCCAGUAGCUAAAGGUCACGCAGCUUCCCAUCUUUAAUUAACACGUGCCUACUCAAUUCAUCCUUUAAUGUACAUUCAGUGAUGUUAAGUACAUUCACAGUGUUGUGCAAACAUCACCACUGUCAUUUCCAGAAUUUUUCGUCACCCCAGACAGAAACACUGCACCCAUGAAGCAGUGGCUCCCCACCUUUUGCUGAGGGGAGGUUCCUGCACCCGAUCUUGGUCACUGUGGGAAACUUGGGGAUUAGAGGAAGGAGAGAAAGGUGGACAUUGGAGAGAGUAAGAACAAGAGGAGACGGCUUCUUUAGAUGCAUUUUUAAAUUAAAGACGCAAAUG